UUUUUUCUUUAGGAAAAAAGUAGAAAAUGUCGUCGUUCACCUCUUUCAAAGCUCUCCUCCUUGUUGUUGUUUUUGUUGUUCAUCUACUUGGACAAAUCAACACCGAAGAAGCAAAAAACGAAAUUGUCGGCUUAGCAAAGCACAGUUUAACAGAAGGAAUUGUAACACUUGUUGAAGGAUCAAAAAUUGCAAAAACAAAAGAGGACAUGGAAAAAUACAAGGAACGCUUUCUUGAAGCAUGUGAUGUUGAGUUGGAUAAUGAUGGAAAUAUAAAGCUUUUCUACUCCAAAAAUAGUUCUUCAGCAAACCUUGGCUGUACAUUGGAUCUUUUAACAAAUAUAGAAAAUGCGAUUGAAUUUGCUACAGGAUUGAAUCAUUCUUCGAGUUAUUCCAAGUGUUUGACUCAAGACUUUAACAAUAACACUUUACCUUUUGCCUACAGCCUUUCAAGCGCCCAAAUCAAAAAAAUUCAACAAGGUCCAAUUCUUAACGAUUCUGACAAGAGGUGCUAUAAAGGAUGUUUAAUAAGCAAAUGUAUCGAAAUGACUAGUCUUGAAGUUAGAUGGAAAGCUGUGGAUGAUGGAAUUGAGCUGUCUGUUAAUCCAAUUGGCAGCCUUUCUUAUCACUUAACCGGUACAAACAUGUCAUCAAUUCAGACACAAAAAGACUACCCAAUAGUGAAGAUCCAUCAAAAUACGGAUAGAUAUUCGGUCAAGUUUUCUUCUGGUGAAGGAGUUUUUGGAGAAUUUUUUGUAGAAGAAAAUUUUUUGGAGAACAAUUUUACAUGCUUACACAACUCUACGGAAAGCAUCAUCUCCCCAAAAACAUGGGAAAUCAAUGGAACUAGUCCAAAUGAUAAAUACAAGUUUUUGUUAGUGUUCCAUCUUCUUCCUCAAAAAGCAACAAGAAUGCUGGAUUUGAAUUAUACAAACAAUCCAAAAGUUUUGGAAAAAUCGCCAGAUGGGCCAGAAUGUGAUCAACUCAGUAUAAUAUUUUCAAAAAAUAACUAUACUUUGUUGACUCUCUCUGAACCAACCACCACAACUACGACACCAACUUCAACCUCUUCCACAACAAGUACAACUUCAACCACCUCUACCACAAGUACAACAAGUUCGACCACAAGUACAACAACCACAACUCCCACCACAACAACCACAACUCCCACCACAACAACCACAACCAAAAAACCUACAACCCCAACAACCACUAAAAAGCCAACUUCAAAACCCACCAAAUCAACCACUGUUAAAACUACAAACUCCAAACCAAUCAUCAAAACGGCUACAACUCCAUCCAAAACCAAUACAAAAUCUACCGGAAAAACAAAGAAACCAAUAGAAGAAAUUUCAAAAAACUUGACAUCCACAAAUAAUACAUGGAUUCAACAGAUGGGACUUUUGAAUUCAACAAAUGGCACUUUUACAUCUUCAAACGAAACAACUCUUACAACAGAAGAAGACGAGACUACUACAAUGUUCACAACAGAAGAAGAAACUACCGAAGCUAUAGAAACUGAAGAACCUGAAUGGACUCUUCCACCAUUUCCAACUCCUCCAACAUUGCCUCCUCGUACUGUUCCACCACGUCCUUGGUAUACUCUAACUUUUCCAACAAAACGCACAAAAAUUAUUCCAAGACCAAAACCACCAAGUAAAACAACUUAUCCUCCAAAAACAAAAUUCUUCACCACAAAAGUUUGGAUAAUUAUUGGGGCUGUUGUUGGUGUUCUGAUCCUUUUGGCUAUUAUAAUUGCUAUAAUAUAUGUUUCAAUGGAUUAUUAUGAAGAAGAGGAAGAUUCGGUUGAAAUUGAAACAAUAUAUAAAGUAAAACCAAAAAAGAAGCCAGCAGAAGAAGUUAAGGAGGAAAACAAAGAGGGAGAGAACAAAGAGGGAGAAAAUAAAGAAGGAGAAAAAUCGCCAUCAAUUGUUGAAGAAGUAAAAGUUGAAGAAGUAAAAGUUGAAGAAAAACUUGAAGAUAAGGAAGGAGGAAAACAAGAAGAGAAAAAAGAAGAAGAAAAUAAAAUUGAAAAUAAUGUGAAUGUAUUAUAA